AUGGUGUGGAGCUCCACCUCAGAUGUCCACCUUGCUGUGGAGGUUCACCUUGCCGUGGAGGUGACGUCACCUGAGGAUGUGGGGGCCGCCCUGACCUUGACGCAGAAGGAGUUUGGGCGCCUGGACGUGACGGUGAACUGCGCUGGCAUUGGCAUCGCCCUCAAGACCUACAACAGCAAGAAGGACAAGGUGCACGAGCUGGAGGACUUCCAGAGGGUCAUCAACGUGAACUUGGUGGGAACCUUCAACGUCAUCCGCCUGAGCGCUCGCCUGAUGAGCCAGAACAACCCCGACGCCGACGGCCACCGGGGUUUGGUGGUCAACACCGCCAGCGUGGCCGCUUUCGAGGGCCAGGUGGGUCAAGCCGCCUACUCGGCGUCCAAAGGCGGCAUCGUAGCCAUGACCCUCCCCAUCGCCCGCGACCUGGCGCCGUUGGGAAUCCGCGUCGUCACCAUCGCUCCAGGUUUGUUCUCCACCCCGUUAUUGGCCGGUUUACCCGAACGAGUUCGGAAUUUUUUGGGCCAACAAGUGCCUUUUCCGGCGCGGUUGGGUCACCCCGAGGAAUACGCCCACCUGGUCCAAGCCUUGGUGGAGAACCCCAUGGUCAACGGGGAGGUGGUGAGGUUGGACGGGGCCCUUCGCAUGCAGCCCUGA